AAUAAGAAGAGCGCACAGGAAACACGUCACCCCUCCGUCCUCUUCUUCCCUCCUCCUCCUCCUCCUCCGUCCUUCCAGCAUCCUCCCCCUCCUGGUCCAUCUGCUGUCGCACUCGUACACAUCCAGCAUCAUGGACGUCGUCAAUCAGCUGGUGGCCCAGGGUCAGUUUAGGGUGCUGAAGGUUCCUCUGGGCUUCAUCAAGAUCCUGGAGUGGUUCUUUGCCAUCUUGGCUUUCUCCACAUGCGGAAGCUACUCGGGAAUGCUGCGCAUGUCCGUGGAGUGCAAGAACCGCACGGACAGCGACCUGAGCAUCGAGGUGGAGUUCGAAUAUCCUUUCAGAUUGCAUCACAUGUACUUUGACGCCCCCACCUGUAAGGGUGGCAACAUGGAACGUGUCUUCCUGGUGGGCGACUAUUCCUCCUCGGCUGAGUUCUUUGUCACCAUCGGCGUCUUCUCCUUCCUGUAUGCAACGGCGGCGCUCAGCGUCUACAUUUUCCUUUUCGACAAGUACAAGGAGAACAACAAGGGCCCACUAGUGGACCUUGGCGUGAGCGCCGUGUUCGCCUUCAUGUGGCUGGUGAGCUCGGCGGCGUGGGCCAAGGGUUUGUCUGACGUCAAGACGGCUACAGACCCAGACCAAGUCAUCACUUUGAUUUCUGCCUGUGACGCCGAGGAGAACCGAUGCCGGGAAGUCCACGACCCCGUCAUGUCUGGACUCAACACGUCUGUGGCGUUUGGCUUCAUCAAUCUGGUCCUAUGGGUGGGAAACCUUUGGUUCGUCUUCAAGGAGACGGGCAUCAUCGCCCCCUUCAUGAGAGCUCCUCCUGCUCAGGAGAAACCCCCCAGCACCGCCAUAGCGCCAGGCGCCUAUGAGCAGGACCCCUAUGCCAGCAACCAGGGGGGCUACCAGCCUGACUACAACCAGCAGGGUUACAACCAGGAAGCAGAGCAGGGGGCGCCCACUUCCUUCUCCAAUCAGAUGUGAGCUGACGGGAAGUUGGAAGCAUCGGAGUGAAGGGAAUGCCCACCUGCAGCCUUCCCACAAUGCAACACUCCCGAAAUGUUUAUGAGGGGGUAUUCUGGAGCUUUGAUUAACAGACUUUAAUCAAUUGGACAUAAAAAAGAUGAAAGCUGACACGGAUCAAGCUAACAAGGAUCAAACAAAUGAAAACAUUUUGGUUGCGACAAGCAUGUUUGUGCAGAUAAAUAUAUAGUGCGUACGGAAAGUAUUCAGACCCCCUUAAUUUUUUCCACUCUUUGUUAUAUUGCAGCAAUUUGCUAAAAUCAUAUAAGUUAAUUUUUUUCCACAUUAAUGUACACACAGCCACCCGAUAUUGACAGAAAAAAAACGGAAUUGUUGAAAUUUUUGCAGAUUUAUUACAAAAGAAAAGCAGAAAUAUCACACAGCCAUAAGUAAUCAGACCCUUUGCUCAGUAUUUAGUAGAAGCACCCUUUUGAGCUAAUAUAGCCAUGAGUCUUUUUGGGAAUGAUGCAACAAGUUUUUCACACCUGGAUUUGGGGAUCCUCUCCCAUUCCUCCUUGCAGAUCCUCUCCAGUUCUGUCAGGUUGGAUGGGGAACGUUGGUGAACAGCCAUUUUCAGGUCUCUCCAGAGAUGCUCAAUUGUGUUUUAAGUCAGGGCUCUGGCUGCGCCAUUCAAGAACAGUCAUGGACUUGUUCUGAAGCCACUCCUUUGUUAUUUUAGAUGUGUGCUCAGGGUCAUUGUCUUGUUGGAAGGUGUACCUUCGGCCCAGUCUGAGGCUGGAGCCUAUCCAAGUUAUCAGAGGCGGGGUACAACCUGGCGGGGUACAACCUGAACUGGUCGCCAGCCAAUCGCAGGGCACAUAUAAACAAACAACCAUUCACACUCUCAUUCACACCUACGGGCAAUUUAGUGUAUUCAGUUAACCUACCCUGCAUGUCUUUGGGAUGUGGGAGGAAACCGGAGUACCCGGAGAAAACCCACACAGGCACGGGGAGAACAUGCAAACUCCACACAGCCGGGGCCGGGAUUCAAACCCUGGUCCUCAGAACUGUGAGGCAGCUGUGCUAACCACUCCUCCGCCGUGUGAUAUUUCAGUUUUUCUUUUCAACGAAAAAAAAGAAUCUGCAAAAAUUUCAACAAUUCCGUUUUUUUCUGUCAAUAUGGGGUGCUGUGUGUACAUUAAUUAGGAAAAAAAUGAACUUUUUAGCAAAUGACAACAAUAUAACAGUGAAAAAUCUAAGGGGGUCUGAAUACUUUCCGUACCCACUGUGUGUGUAUGUGUGUGUGUGUGUAUAUAUAUAUAUAUAUAUAUAUAUAUAUAUAUAUAUAUAUAUAUAUAUAUAUACACACACACACGCAUACACACACACAUACACUGGAAAAAAAAAAAAAUAUAUAUAUAUAUAUACACACACACACACAUGCAUACACACAUACACUGGAAAAAUAUAUAUAUAUACACACACACAAACACAUAUAUAUAAAUAUAUACAGUUGCAAGAAAAAGUUUGUGAACCCUUUGGAAUAACAGAUUUCUACAUAAAUUGGUAAUGUGAGCCGAUCUUCAUCUAAGUCAUAACAAUAGACACAGUUUUCUUAAACUAAUUCCACACAAAAAAAUAUGUUUUCAUAUUACACAUUAGGCAAUGCUUCUUUGAGAAUAGCAAACUAAAAACUGGUGCGUCUUUUUUAUAGGGUUAGAGCAGCUUUAACCAACACCUACAAUCUCCUCACAUUGAUUGGACUCUAGGUUGGCUGCCUCCUGACUCCGAAAGUUUACAUGUUGUGUCCAAUAAAAACAUGCAUAAAAUGGAGGUCAUUCCAAAGGCUUCACAUACUGUUUCUUACAGCUGUAUGUAGUGUACAUAGUGUCUCUCCCCCAAAAGGGACUGAGCCCUGUUAACGCCUUCCCAAACAGGUAUAUAAUGGCCUAUAGACACCACAAGAUGGAGGCAAAGCACUUUUUUUCCCUAUUAGACAAGGCUACAGCCUGAUUAAAUGAAGUCCCCCCCCUCAUAUCAACAUAGUUCCUUGGCAUCAAGAUGCUAUAAGAUGGCGCCCAAACAAUAUUUUUAAAUUAGACAUGACUUUGGCACAAAAGCACAAAAAGAGUUUCAACAAAUAAUGGAGGAUAGGUUUGCAAAGAAAAUCAAUGAAUAGGCGAAUUCGCAAAUGCCAAACCACGAAUAUACAGGGACUCACCGUAUAUCCACAUAUAUUUAUAUUAGCUAAUUCUAAUCAUCCUGUCUAUUUGUUUCUCCGUAUUGAUAUACAGUGAGCAUUCCACAUUCACACACCUAAACCAGACUGAAACAGGUUUCAAACCUGAAAACGAGCUAGGUGUUUUGAGUCACGUCAGAAACCAAAAUCCUUGUUGUAGUUUUUAGUGACUCAGCAGAAAUGACAACAGAAACAUUUGUUGGGAAGCUAUCUUAAGUGACUAGCUUAGCUUCUUGGCUGGUAACCAGCUAGCCAGGCUAAUGUUUGACAAUAAAAAGAAAAAAAUUGGAUCAAUCCCUCAAUCUUGUGAUGGACAUUUCUGCUGACAUUGACUUUUCCCCUUCAGCCAAUUGGCAGCCAUCCUUGUGGAUGUUUGUGUUGUCCAGUAACUGAUGGUGUGUGUGCGUGUUUGUGUGUGUGCUCGUGUGUUUGCGUGUGCGCGCAUGUGUGAGUGUUACCAGACUCUCUUCUUUUCAGAUUUCUUUGUUCCAUUCCCUGUUCUCCUCGUGCCAACCAUAGACAUAGUUACAUGGAUGCCUCAUUGAGCAUGUUUGCCCAUUGCUGCCAUACAUCAGGGAGUCCGCCAUAAAGGAUGUGGCAGAUCUGCCCUAGAAACUGUUAAAAGCAAAUGGAUUGAACUUCAGAAAGCCACAACCUGCAAAAUGCACAAUUUUUCAUAAUAAUGAUACUUGAGAAACAGAUCACCAAAAACAAUAUAUGUAACUUGUAACCUGAUGAUUUUAAAUGUUACCCUUUAUAUAGCUAGGAAAUAGGUGCUUUUGUCAAGCUCUAGUCCCAUGUGCAGGUCUUUUCCCAAGCAAGAAAGUUUUAGUGCCAAAAGAAGAGUCUAGUCCCAGGAGAAGGUUCAAGUCUUGAGAGGAAGUUCUUGUGUCAAGGGAAGGUACUAGUCCUGAGAAAAUGUUCUAGUCCUGAGAGGUAUGUAGUCACGAGAGAAGGUUAAAGUCCCCAGGGAAAAUUAGUCCUCAGGUAAUGUACUAGGUGUGAGACAAGGUUCUAGUCUUUAGAGAAGGUUCUAGUCUCAAGAGUUAUCAUCCCAAAAGAAGUUUGAAGUCCUCAGAAAACAUUUUAGUCAUGAGAAGGUUCCAGUUAUUAGAGAAGUUACUAGUCCACAGAGGUUGUUGUCCUGAGGGAAGAUUCUAGUUCCCAGACAAGGUUCUAUUUUAGAGAGAACGUUCUAGUCCCAAGAGAAAGGUUCUGGUCCUAGAAAAGGUUCUCCUCUUGAGAAAAGGUUCCUGUCUAAAGAGAAGGCUCUAGUCCAGAGACAAGGUUUUAGUCUCUGUUUGCAUUUAAGUGAUUUUGAUUGUUUCCAUAUUUAGUGAUUUCUGUCAAUUUAACAUAUUAUUAUUGCAAUUUAUCAAGAGAAAAUUCGUUAUUGAUUAUUCGUUAAUGGCAUUAGCCACAAAGUCAGGAAUUGUUUUAGUUAAAAUGGGCAAAUACAAUAAAAAUUCUUAAUCCCAUGAGAUUAAUCCCACUUUUCCAUCGACGUGUUAUUCAACAAUUUAAUACGGCCUCCAUGUAAAUAUGUCUAUUGUGACACAACGAAGAUGAUGAUAAUGAUGAUGUAUGUGUGAUUUGUUGCUAUGCCACUUGCCCAGCUGUGUUUAUCUGCUGUAAUGUCUCAAUAAACAACAAAUAAAGCAA